GCUUUUUAUCCAUCCAUAGCUUAAGAAAGAUGCAAGACUUUUCCUCCUCAGACGAUUCACUCCCCAAGAGGUUAGGAGGCAAGGUAGCACUCAUAACCGGAGGAGCCAGUGGCAUUGGCGAAGCCACAGCGAGGCUUUUCCUCCGCCACGGUGCCAAGGUCGUCAUCGCCGACAUCCAAGACAACCUCGGACACUCCCUCUGCCGCAACCUAAACUCCGACAACAUUUCCUAUGUUCACUGCGACGUCACCAACCAUAACGACGUCAAAACCGCCGUCAACGCCGCCGUCUCGCGGCACGGCAAGCUCGACAUCCUCUUCAGCAACGCCGGAAUCGGCGGCAGUCUGGAGCCUUCCAUCAUGGCCCUUGAUCCCGUGGAGUUGAAGAGCGUUUUCGAGGUGAACGUGUUCGGCGCUUGUUACGCGGCGAAACACGCCGCUGAGGUGAUGAUUCCGAGAAAGAGAGGGAGCAUCGUGUUCACCUCGAGCGCUGUUUCGGUGACUCACCCGGGUUCGGCGCACGCGUACACGGCGUCGAAGCACGCGGUGGUGGGUCUGAUGAAGAACCUGUGCGUGGAAUUGGGGAAGCAUGGGAUCAGAGUUAACUGCGUUUCGCCGUACGCGGUGGCCACUCCUAUUCUGACACGUGGCAUGGGGAUAUCGAGGGAGAGAGCAGAGAAAGUGUUCUCUGAGGCAGGGAACUUGAAGGGAGUGAUUCUAAAGGAAGAGGAUGUGGCAGAAGCAACUUUGUUUCUGGCUAGUGAUGAGUCAAAGUACGUGAGUGGUGUUAAUCUUGUUGUGGACGGAGGCUACAGUGUCAACAAUACUGCUUCUGCUGAAGAAGCUUUCAGAAAGUUUUCUGCUAAUUAGGUCAAAUGAAGGUUUCUCUAGGAGAGUACAAGACAGCAACUUCUACCAAAAGAAAAUCCAAAUUUAUAUAUCUAUGCUUCUUUGAAACGGUGUGUGAAAUAAUUCAACUUGUUGAUUAAUAAUGGAUGGUUUAGCAGCAUGUAUUCAUUGCAAGGAAGAUGUUGGUGUUAUGAAACUUAAAUUAGGAGUUAUUUUGCUUUAAUAAUAUUAAUGGUGUGA